AAACUUCAACACACGCAAGUACCAAAGAUAAAUCUAAUUAGAUUUUGCUUGAUCCCCCCGACGCCCACUCAACUUAGCAGGCUAGGAGCUUCAGCUUUGUAUAUACGGAGUACUUCGUUGUUAGUUUUAUUUCUAUCCGAAGCUUCUCUGUUCAUAAAUCUGUGAAACUGGUUGAAUCACUUUAAGCCUUUUGUUAAUGUAACUGCUGAUUGAACUUACAUUGAAUUGAAUUGGAUCAAUUACGAAUGAUUCAUUUCUCUUUUUUCAUGUGGGGAAGGAUUUAGGUAUCUACUGGUAAUGCCGAGAUUGGCCGGCCGGAUCCCCACUCGCGAGGAUUGUUUAGUCCGUUAGUGACACCUCGUUAUGGACUAGAGGAACCUCACCUAAAUUUGCUAUAUCUCAAACCCCUACUGCUACUUGUUUAGGAAGUAUUGUUUCCCCUAUUCCAUUUUCUAUUAAUGUAUUUUCUUAGUCUGAUUGGAGAUACGUUGCUACAGCCUUAAUAUCACUCCAAAUUUUGAGUAACCCAGUUGGAUUCUUAAGGUUGAGCAAUAUAAAAUUGUGAAUGGGUGUUGAGUAAAAAAGUUCUUGCAAGUCCACAUUCUUACAUAAUGAGUUGUUCAAGUACUAAAACCACCCAUUCUGAGGGUAAAGCAGACUGCUAUGGUCGAGUGGUUCGGAUUUCGCAUUCUCUCCCGAACCAUAGGAGUUCGAAUCUUGUUAAAACCAGUUUUUUCCCACAUGGGUAGCUUGGUUGGUUCUAGAGCUGUAAAUUUGGAACUACAAUCAAGGGUUCAAUCAAAUGGUGCCUGUGUGCCUGUGUGGGAGUUGUGCGUCAAAACAAUAGCUCCUUUUGCUCAGUGGGGAUGAGUCUUGCCUCUGCAAUCAACUGGGUCACUAUGAUCCCUAGCUCGGUGUUAUCUUUUUAUGUAGUUAGGGAUGCUUCGAUCGGGGACAUGUAAUCAUAUAUCAAUUGGCAUCCCUUCGCAUGGUUAUUUGGUUAGCGCAAGAGCAGCUCCGAGCAUACUUGGUGCGUGCGUUAAAUCCAAGAAAUGGAAAAUGCAUUCAAUUGAUCAUCCGAAUCAUGACCUAAUGUUCAAUGAUGACGAAAAGAAAGAGUGGGAUUCUUGCAGACAAGCUUUCUCGUCAUUCAAAUUCAGUGCCGAGGAAGAAGACAAGAUACUUGGAAAAGCAUUUGGACAUAUCCAUACACCAUAUUGGUAUGACGAACGGAAGAAAGAGAUUCCACGACUUGAAGCCGUGAAUGAAACCUUAAAUUACCUAAGGAUGAAUUUGAACCUCA